AUGUCCCAUUCAAAUAAUAAUAUCAAUUUAAAAGUGCCUGGUAACAGUUUAUCAGGGUCAAAUAUCAAUCAUGGUUCAUCGUCAUCAGAUCGUCAUAACAAUAGACACAGAUCAGUAUCAGCUGCAAGUUUAAAUCCAACCACAGGAACGUUAAUAACUGGUGAAAUGAAUCAAACCGAUCCUUCAACUAAUAUCACCCCAGAUAUAGGUGGUACUUCUGGAGUUGGUGGUGAUAUUCCCCCAGAUAUGGCAAUAUUAUUACAAAAAUUAGAUGAAGAUUUUUUAGUGAAUAAAGUGAUUGAUCAAUGGACGUUUAUUAAUAGAAGAGAAGAAAUUAUGCAAUCAAUCAAUCGAUUGCACCAGAUGCAAAAUGAAGAUUUGCUCAAUUUGGAUCCAUCUAAAUUACAAAUGCCUUUAAAUCCACGAAUGUCGACUGGAGAUUUCCUGAAAAUUAGCCCCGAUAAUUUGAUUGAUAUAUUAGCAUAUAGAGCAAACAUAUACAAGACGGAAUUAGCAUUUAUAGUACUUGAUGCAAGAGGUAAAGAAGUUAGUUCUAUUAGUUGGGAGAAAUUAUAUUUGAAAGCAGUCAAAGUUGCAUAUGAGAUCCAACAUAAAUUGACCAUGAAAAAUAGUGAUAGUGUUGUUUUGUUAUAUAAAGAUGGAGAAGUUACUGAAUUUGUGGUGGCCCUUUUCGGUUGUUUUAUGGCAGGAGUUACAGCUAUUCCAAUCCAUCAAGACAUUUCCCUAACUGAAGUUUUGAAUAUCAUCAAUUUAACAUCAACGAAAUUAUUACUUUAUUCUGAAACAGUGGCCAAAGAACUAGAUCGGUUGAGUGCCCAGAAUCUGAGAAUCAAUUGGCCAUCAAAACUAUUACGUUGGCGAACAACAGAUUUGGGAUCCGCUAGAAAAUCCGAAGUGUCGCAUUGGAAUGCCAAACAACAAAAAUUAAAGAAAGAUAAUAAAACUUCUAGCGAACAGAAUACCAAUUUGGCCUAUGUUGAGUUUUCACGAUCCCCCGUGGGUGAGUUGAGAGGAAUUGCCUUAAGUCAUCGAACUAUUUUCCAUCAAAUGCAUUGUCUUGAUUCAGCUCUUCUGUCAUUGCCUAAUUCUGGUGGUGGUCUCCAGAGAAGUUACAAGCAAUAUCGUGCUGAUAAAAAAGUGGUAUUGGCUACUUUGGAUAUUCGGUUUUCCAUUGGUAUAAUAUUGGGGGUUUUAUUCACAGUAUAUUCUGGUAAUGUACAUAUAUGGGCGCCACAGAAAGUUAUGGAAAUCCAAGGUUUAUAUGCUAAUUUGAUUUCUAAAUGGAGGGCUUCUUUGUUAUUAGCCGAUUAUUUUGGGUUGAAACGAGUUACUUAUGAUUAUCAACAAUCACCCAGUGCCACAAGAUAUUUUUCCAAAACCCAAAGAGUGGAUUUAUCAUCGGUGAAAUGGGCUUUGGUCAAUGCUCUUACAAUAGAUGGGGAAUUUAUGGAAAUUUUAGCAGAAAGAUAUUUGCGUCCCUUGGGGUGUCAACACCCAGAAAAUGCCAUUAUUCCAAUGUUAACUUUGAGUGAAUAUGGUGGUAUGGUUAUUUCUCUUAGAGAUUGGAUUGGUGGUAAAGAAAAAUUGGGUAUAAGCAUUACAGAUGAUGAUUCAAAUGAUUUAUCUUCAGUUUUAAUUGAUAAAGAAGCUCUAUCAAGAAAUAUUGUUAAAAUAGUUGAAAUCAAUCCUUCAGCUAAUGAUGACAUUGGUCAUGAUCUUUUGCGUGUAGAUGCAUUUGGAUACCCCUUACCAGAUGCAACGUUGGCAGUGGUAAACCCGGAACUGUCAGUUCUUGCCAAUAAAGACGAAUUAGGAGAAAUCUGGAUUGAUAGUCCAUGUCUUUCUGGGGGGUUUUAUGGUUUACGUAAGGAAUCAAAACUGAUUUUCCAUGCCAAAUGUCGUGGACCAAAUGGACAAUUGGAUAUGGAUUUUUUAAGAACAGGUUUGUUAGGUUUUACUUUUAAUGGGAAAGUUUAUGUUCUUGGUUUGUAUGAAGAUAGAAUCAGACAAAGAGUGAGUUGGAUUGAUCAAGCAUUGUACCAAAAACUACAUCGUGAGCUAGUUAUAGGUAGUGGUUCCAGGUAUCAUUAUUCUUCUCAUUUACUUGCAACGUUAGCUUCAGAAGUGAAACAAAUUUAUGAUUGUACAAUUUUCGAUAUUUUCAUUGGUAAUGAAUAUUUACCAGUAGCUAUUGUUGAAGCUGAAGUUAUUCGGAAACAAGUUGCUGACGAAACUGCUGGGGCUGAAGGAGGAAAUGCCAAGGCAAAUGAAUCUGUACAUGUUAGUGGAGUGCCACUUAAUGAACCAGUUUUGAAUGCUAUUGCUCAAAAAUGUUUUGACACAUUAUACAAAAGACAUUUCUUGCGAUUAUAUUGUGUGGUAGUUGUUGAUUGUGAUACACUACCCAAAUUAUUAAGAAGUGGUGGUAGAGAAAUUGCCAAUAUGUUGUGUAAAAAGAAAUUUCUUGAAGGUUCAUUGAGAGCUGAUUUUGUUAAAUUUUUCAUUAGAAAAUCCAUUAGUAUGAUCCCACAUGGUGAAGAUGUAAUUGCAGGGAUUUGGUCUCCUUAUGUUUCUGAAUUGAGAUCUAAAGCACUUGCCAAUUUCCCGGAUCAAUAUUCUACCAUUGAUUAUCGGGAAAAAUCAAUUGACGAUAAGACUGGUGCCCCGUUGACUGAUUUCAAAACCAUUAUUGAUAUUUUAAAAUUUAGAGUGGCUAAAUCUGGUGAUUCUAUUGCAUUUCAAAAUGUUGACAACAAUUCUAAAAGUAAACCAUUGACUUGGAAAAAAUUAGAAAGUCGUGCUUAUGCCGUAUGUCAAUAUUUAAUUGAAAAAGCCAACAUUAAAGCGGGACAAUAUGUCAUAUUAAUGUAUUCAUUAUCAGAAGAAUUUGUUAUUGCUGUAUAUGCAUGUUUAAUGUGUGGAAUCAUUGCUGUUCCUAUGUUACCAUUUGAUUCCAACAGAAUUGGUGAAGAUUUCCCGGCAUUUGUUGGUGUCAUUAGAGAUUUUGAUAUUUCUGAAAUUUUAGUUAAUGAUGAAGUAGAGAAAUUUUUAAAGAAUGGGCCUAUAGCUGAUUCAUUAAAGAAAAUAACUCAUAAACGAGUGAAAUCUUUAAAAAUUAAAAACACGGUGAAAUUAACCAAAGUUUCUAAUAUGGCAUCGUUAAAUUCAAAAAUUGCUAGUUAUCAAGCGGCAGUGAAUUUCCGUGAUGAAAACACUACUGCUUUAGUUUGGUUAAAUUUCACUUCUGAUCAUUAUAGAGUGGGGGCAACUUUAAGUAAUAAAAACAUUAUUGGAGUAUGCAAAGUAUUCAAAGAAACUUGUAAUUUAAGUUCUCAAUCAGCAAUUAUCGGUUGUGUUAGACAUACUUCUGGGAUUGGGUUUUUACAAGCUUGCUUAUUGGGAGUGUUUUUGGGUACAACUACUUAUUUAAGUUCACCAGUCAAUUAUGCUGAGAAUCCAUUAUCAUUUUUUUUGUUACUUGCUAGACAUAAAGUGAAAGAUGUAUUUGUUACUGAACAAAUGCUUAAAUAUGCGGCAAUUAAAUUUACCCCCAAGGGAUUCAAUUUAUCAAAUUUGAAAAAUAUGAUGAUUAGUACUGAAAAUAGAGUAGAAAUUGAUUUAUUAAGAAAAAUUGCUAAAGUGUUUCUGUCGACUAAACUUAGUGCUGCAUCAAUGUCAACUGUUCAUAAUCAUUAUUUCAAUCCAAUGAUUUCUACCAGAUCAUAUAUGACGGUGGCACCAGUCGAUCUUUAUUUGGAUCCUAUUGCUCUUAGACAAGGGUAUGUAUCCGUAGUGAAUCAAGCAGAAGUUCCUAAUGCCUUACAUAUUCAAGAUUCAGGAAUGGUUCCUGUUUGUACCGAAAUUGCCAUUGUUAAUCCAGAAACAAGAAAAAUCUGUAAAGAAGGAGAAUUUGGAGAAAUUUGGGUAUGCUCUGAAGCCAAUCUUACUGCUUUCACUAAUGGACCAAAGGGACCAGUUGAUCAUUUUGCUCAAACUCAAUUUAGAGGAAUUAUUGCUGAUGGGAAUCCUGAUGUUACAUAUUUAAGAACUGGAGAUUUAGGAUUUUUGCAUAAUGUUUCAAUCACCAAAAAUAAAACUGGUGGUGUUACCGGUCCCGGUGCCAGUGGUGAGGUUGAUCCAGAAAUAACAACUUUCCAACCACUUUUCGUUUUAGGUAAAAUUGCUGAUACGUUUGAAGUUAUGGGAUUACAUCAUUUCCCAAUUGAUAUUGAAAAUACUAUUGAAUCGUGUCAUUCAGAUAUUUAUCGAAAUGGAUCAUGUAUAUUCAAAUGUGGUGAUUAUACCAUUGUUGUUUGUGAAUCUAAACGGACAAAAUAUUUUGCAUCAUUGGUACCAUUAAUUAUUAAUACUAUUUUAAGUAAACAUCAUUUAGUGAUUGAUAUUGUUGCCUUUAUUAAAAAGGGGGAAUUCCCGAUAUCAAGAUUAGGUACUAAACAAAGAGCUAGAAUAGUUGAUGCAUGGGUUCAAGGAGUUAUUCCUAUUAGUGCAUCAUAUGGAGUUAAUUAUGGGGAAAAUAGUAUGAUUAAAUUAAUCGAAGAAAUUGAUAUUGUUACUAGAGAUGAUCCAAUUACUGGAUUAAAAAAUCCGGCAUUAUCAUAUUAUGAUGAUAAUGAUGAUCAAAAUGGUGAUGUUUUCAGUGAAAAUAGAGAAACAUUAAAACUUAAUGAUGAUGAACAUUAUGCAUCAAUUGGACAAAAAGCUGAAUUUUCUUUAGGUAAUUAUAGUAAUAGUAUAGUUUCCGAAGAUUAA